GUUGAUUUUUCGACUAACAGCAGUUACUUCAACGAUUGCAACUCAUACUAAUCUUCUUUUUGUUUUCAAAUUGACCAGGACAUGCACUAAAUGGGAACCAGACAGCUGUAUCAAGUGUUGGCGGGCCACUUCGUCAGGAUCUGAAUGUGACUGAACAGACGCAUUCAUGGAUUUGAGUGAGGAAGAGUCGACCCCUCUGGUCAUCAGAGAACGUGGAGGUAGCCAGAGGUCCAGCUCAAGCACAACCCCCAAUCUAAGAGUACACCUCUACUUCUUCCCUGGAACAAAAGACGCAACAACGAUUCAGAUUUCAUCUGGUCACAUAUCUGCUGAAAACGUCUGCAUUCAAGCAGCUAAGAAAUGUGGAAUCCUACCGGUAUACCUAAAUCUUUUUGCCUUGGCAUCUGCUGAUCUCUCAAUUUGGUAUCCUCCAUCUCACAUGUUUGACUCAGAUGAGAACUUACAAGUUAACUUUCGAGUCAGGUUCUUCUUUGGAAACUGGUUUGGACAAGGACCAAGAGCAUCUUAUCGCUACAGUCUGUCAAGAGACGCAGGCUCUAAAGUGCUUGACUGCGGUGUCAUUGAUUAUCUGUUUGCUCAGUUGCGAAGUGACUUUAUUGCAAGCGAGGCUGGUGUAGCUCCACCUUUGAGCACCCAAGACGAAUGCCUUGGUCUUGCAGUGCUGGACUUGUCGAGAAUGGCAACAGAGCAGCGUCAGAGCAUAAAGGAACUCUGCAAGACGGUCAGCUACAAAUCAUGCCUUCCCAAGUCACAUCGCUACGACAUCCAGAGACGAAACCGACUGGAUCGGUAUCGGAUCCGAAACACUCUCAAGUGUUCAUUAAAGAAACUCAGCAACUGCUCCAUUGACGACUGCGGCUUGAAACUCAAGUACCUGAUUGACUUGGCUGGCAUUGUCCCAGUUGUGGGAAGUGAAACCUUUCGUGUAAAUAAUUCUUCCUCACAGUCAAAGCCUCCUUUCUCUCUUGUGCGAGUCACUGGGGAAACGGGCAUUCAAACCAGUGGGAGUGAUCAGCCUGAUGAAGACCUGGACUGGCAGACCUUCUGCGACUUUCAAGAAAUCAUAGACAUCAGUGUAAAGAGAGUGUGUCAUGAGCAGGUUCAACAGGACAGCAGAAUGGUUUCAAUAACACGCAAGGAUGACAGAUGCUUGGAGGCCAUGUUCCAGACUCUCAAGGAAGCACAAUCAUUUGUGUCACUUGUUGACGGAUACUUCAGACUGACCACAGACUCUAGUCAUUUCUUCUGUCAAGACAUUGCUCCACCGAGUAUUCUGGAAGGGAUCAAAAACCACUGUCAUGGCCCAAUCACAUCAGAGUUUGCGGUCAACAAGCUGAAAAAGUCUGGAUCCAAAGGAGGUUCCUUUGUUCUUCGACAAAGUCCCAAGAUCUAUGACAACUUCUUUCUCACAGUUUGUGUUCAGACCCCACUUGGACUUGAUUAUAAAGACUGCCUCAUCAUUAAAAAUGAACAAUACACACUUUCUGGAGUCCACAAAUCAUUUUCCAGCUUGAGGGCACUCACUACCAACUAUCAACACAACAAGCUGCUGCUGGCUGAAGUGCCGGUAAAGUUGGGAUGCUGCUGCCCACCUCGACCCAAAGAACUCACCAAUCUGAUCAUCGUCCGCAAUGGCACCGCUGUGGAAACUCAUGGAUCUCCAACACCAGAAAGAAAUCAGUUCAGUCACAUCCAGUUCCACAUGAUCAAAUAUGAAGACCUGAAAUGGGAUGAAAGCCUUGGACAGGGCUCCUUCACUCGGAUUUACAGAGGCCAUAAAACCGACAUUCGUGAUGGUGAGAAUUACACAACAGAGGUCCUGCUCAAAGAGCUGGAUGCUGGUCACAAGAACUGCUGGGAGUCAUUCUUUGAAUCUGCCAGCCUGAUGAGUCAGAUUUCCCACAAACACCUCCUCCUUGUCUAUGGUGUCAGUGUUCAUGGAGUACAAAACAUCAUGGUACAGGAGUUUGUCAAGUACGGGGCCCUUGACCUCUACUUGAAGCGAGGGAGAUCUGUGUCAGUGAGCUGGAAACUUGAUGUGGCCAAACAGCUUGCAUCUGCCCUCAACUUUCUGGAAGAGAAACACAUUGUUCAUGGGAAUAUUUGUGCCAAAAAUCUGCUUCUGGCAAGAGAGGGUGAUCAGUCUCAGGGCAUCAGUCCUUUUAUCAAGCUGAGCGACCCCGGCAUCAGCGUGGCCAUGCUCGGCACUGAUGUGGUCCUGGAUAGGAUCCCCUGGGUGGCCCCUGAGGUACUGGAUGCCCCUGAUGACCUGACCCUUGAAUGUGACAAAUGGAGCUUCGGUGCCACCGUGUGGGAAAUCUUCAACAAUGGAAACUCACCACUCCAAGGCUGGGACCUCGAUGAGAAGCGGCAGUUUUAUGAGAGUUUCCAGAAGUUGCCGCCCUCUCAGUGGGCAGAGCUGGCAGAUCUCAUCACUCAGUGUAUGGACUACCAGGCGGCUCUCAGGCCUUCCUGUCGCAGCAUCAUCCGCCAACUCAACAGUCUCAUCACAUCAGAUUAUGAGAUACUUCACUCGACCGAGCCUGUCACACAGAACCCAGCGUGGAGAGCUCUCAGCUCGGUUCCUCACAACCAGGCUUUGUUUGAGGAGAGACAUCUUCGUUACAUCUCCCCACUGGGAAAAGGAAACUUUGGCAACGUUGAGCUUUGCCGGUACGACCCGCUGGGUGACAACACAGGCGAGCUGGUGGCUGUGAAGAGGCUGCAGCCCAACAAGCAGUCGACCCUGGACGAUUUCCAAAAGGAGGUGAACACACUCAGUGUUUUACACUGCGACUACAUCGUCAAAUACAGAGGCGUGUGUUACAGCAUGGGUCGCCUCAGCAUGAGUUUAGUGAUGGAGUAUCUUCCUCACGGCAGCCUCAUUGGCUACAUGGAUAAUAACAGACACAACAUCAGCACCAGGUUGAUGCUGCUAUUCGCCUCUCAGAUCUGUAAGGGCAUGGAGUACCUGCAGACCCUGCGCUAUGUUCACCGUGACCUCGCAGCCAGAAAUAUUCUUGUGGCAAGUGACUCACUGGUGAAAAUAGCUGAUUUUGGACUGACCAAAGUUAUUCCUUUCGACAAGGAAUAUUACCGAGUCACACAUCCUGGAGAGAGUCCAAUCUUCUGGUACGCACCAGAGUCCAUCAAUGAGUCCAUUUUCUCCCACAAAUCAGAUGUCUGGAGUUUUGGGGUUGUUCUCCAUGAGCUCUUCUCCUAUUGUGACAUAAACUGCAAUCCGAAAAGACUCUUCAUGCAGGAGAUUGGCCACAGUGUGCAAGGAACCUCAAUUUCAAUGCAUUUGGCCAAUAUUCUGAAGAACAACUGGAGGCUGCCAGUUCCUCCGGCCUGUCCACCCAAGGUGUACAGUUUGAUGAAGCAGUGCUGGAAGUACAACUUUGACGAACGGCCGUGUUUCACCACUCUGGGAAACCAAAUAGAGACCAUCAUACAGGAUGACAGAGAAAACGCCAAAGGCUGACAAUGAGUCUCCCGCCUAAAAACACACGCUUAGCAGCAUCAAAACUGGAUGACAAGACUUAGUUCACUGUCUCAGGGAAAAUACAGAGGAGUAGAUAUCAGUGACGGGUAGAAACUGUUUUGCACCAACAGAAUACUGACAAAUAAUUGCAUGUUUAUCAGCAGUGGCGCUCUCUGUCCUCAGCCUCAGAGUAACCUUAAAUAAUGACCAUGUCACACCACUUUAUUAGUGAUGUAAUACACAGUGACAUGUGUAGAUUCUGUCAUGACAAAGCCAUAAGAAACAUUGUUGUACUUACAGAAACUUAGUAAAAUAAGUUUGUUUUUUUCAACUCUGAAGUUCGAAUCUGUGGAAAAUGAGAAGAUAAAAAUAGUAGCAUACAGAAUAUCAGGUUGUAGGCAUGUAUGCAUCAUUGAAAUAUAAAAAUACAUCUUACCAUAUGUGUAUCUGACAUUAGUAAAUAGAAUAGUUGGAUACAACUGAGCAGAACAGUACAGAACUGCUAAACUCACCAAGGACAAGCUUUGCCUGGAAAUCAGCUGUUUUUGCCACAUGUGCUUUACUUUCCUAUUGUUUUUAUUGUUUCUUUUCUCAUUUUAAAAAUGUGUCUGUAAUGCUGUUUUGACUUUGUGACUUUUUCUCUUUGUUACACAAUAAAAUACAUUAGUUUUGAAUGCC